AUGUUCUACACUCAGCUUUUCAUGUCGAAACGCGGGCCGCUGGCUAAGAUUUGGCUAGCAGCCCACUGGGAGAAAAAGAUCACUAAGGCCCACGUCUUCGAGUGCAACCUGGAAACCACCAUCAAAGACAUAAUGUCGCCACAGGUCAAAAUUGGAUUGCGGACGUCAGGACAUCUGUUGCUGGGUGUGGUGAGGAUCUACUCCCGAAAAGCCAAGUACCUUCUGGCUGACUGCAAUGAUGCAGUGCUAAAAAUCAAAGUGGCAUUUCGUCCAGGUCAAACUGAUCUCCCCAGUGAAAAUAUGGAGGCUACCUUCAAAGCCAUCACCCUGCCUGAGGAGUUCCCAGAUUUUGACUCCCAGCUCCCGGACGUCAAUGCGAUUGAAGUUGCAGACCACUUUUCCCUGAACCAGUGCAGGACAGAGGACAUCACUCUGAAAGAGGACUUGGGAAACAGCUUCCUCCUUCUUGAGACUGACUUUGGUGAAGAGUCACACCUGCAUCAGGAUGGCCUGUUUGAUGUGAGCUUCCCUAGCCUGGCCACACCUGGCGAUGGCUUUGGGGAUGAAGAGAUGGGCUUGGGACUCUUGGAUUUUAUGGCAUAUACCACCGAAGAUGCAAUGCCACUCGUCUUUACUCCUGAUGAUGCCAAAAAUGAGAUACCUGCAACUCCACCUCCAACAGCUGUCAGCAAAGAGGAAGGACAUCCUGACGCACCCUACCCCCAGCCCAAUGCAGAAAUUUCCACGCUGGAUGAGACCACCUUGCUUGCGAACGAGGAGGAAGGUUUUGCUCUGGAGCCAGUAUCUGUUACGCCCUCUUCAGAGAGGAAGAGGGUGAAGACGAAGAGGAGGCUGCUGGUGGACCGUGAGAAGGAGCUCUCGAACGAGGAGAUCCGAAACCAGAUUGCAGACUCCUCCGACCUGGUGGUCCCGCUGGACAUGGCUCCACCCACUCGCCUGCUCAUGGAGUGGAAGGAGACCGGAGGGGUAGAGCAGCUGCUUCGCCACCACUGCGUGCCUGUCAUACACCCCUACCUGAAACAGCUGUUCCCCAAGAACAUGCUGCCGAGGAGAGGAAGAACAGAGGGGGGUGCGGAGGACCGUGAGCCAGAGAAGAUGAGGACCCUACAUGAGUCAGAGCAAAGCAUGCUGGGAGUGGUGGACAACUCCAGCAUCUUGCAGGAGACUCGGGACCGGGACUGCACGUUCUGCAGCCUGGAGGCCACACCCCUGCAGACUGCUGCUGGCAGCAAGAAACGCACCACACCCGACCGGCACAGGGAAAGUGAACAGAGCGUGACAGAGGUCUCACUUCCCCCCUCAGAAGACUCCAUGUGUGUUCAUCCAUCUGGGCAGGAGAGAGAACCUCUGCUGAGCCAGUCUCAGUCUGCGCUGGACAGUCAGGACUUGGAAGAGAAGAGGAUCACCAGCAGGGCUCAGAACCUGCUUCACAUUCUCAGAAGUCAGAGCGCGGGCCGCAGUACCGCGUUCAGCCUGCAGGAGCUCAUUGGCAGGUGCAGUCGGUCGCAGGCAUCCGCUACGUUCUACUGCUUCCUGGUACUGAAGAAACAGAAGGCCCUGGAUCUGCGUCAGGAUGUACCCUACGCUGAUAUCACUGCCACACCUGGACCUGCAUUUCACCUGCUGUAG